GAGAGGCGACACACUGAUUAAGAAGUUGACAAGCAGAACACUGCUGAUAUUCAAUGGCGCCGACGGACAAACAGUGGCAUCUGAUGGGACGGCUGGUGCGCGGUUGGAAGGAAGGGAAGUGCUCCCUGUUCUUGCUGACUGUCAUCUUCGUCCUACCACUGCUGCUUUGGAGAACAAGCCAAAACAACUCGAGCAUAGAAGAAAUAAUCAAAAGAGAACUUUCGUUUGACCUCUCUGAUGAACAAAUAAAACCUGAAAAUAAUGCAUGGUAUGAGUCCAUAAAGGUAAUCGCUAGAAAAAUAACUAAUGAGAGCUGUUAUGUCUGUGCACAACUUCCUCAUGGUGUGGGUACUACUCUCCCACUUAAGACCAUCCCACUAAACACUUCAGAGACAUUAGGAGUACUGAUAGCUUUCACUCAGGGGGUUUCACUAAAGAAUAGAAAUGUGAGAGACAUGACUAGUACACUUAAACUACUGAAUAUUAGUGUAGUUAAUUAUUGGGGUUCCACAGCACGAUUCUGGGAUAUGUCUUUGGUGGCAGAUCAGGAAAUUCACCAACCUGUGAUGACAAUAAACCCCACCGAACAGUUAGGCACUGUUUGUUUUUCUAGACAAUGUUUUAAAGCUGAGGAUCGCUAUCUGGGAACUUCACCAUGUAGGCAAAAGGUUGUAGCUACUUGUGGUUUGAUAUGGGAUCGGGGAGCAGCAGGAACAUGCAAAUAUAACGUACCAUUUGUUGCUCCGUUAAAUUUAACUAAUACCAUCAGUUUACAUAGACCAGGUUAUGACAACCCGGUCGUUAGAAUGCCCUCUAGUGAUGGAUAUUGGUCUUUGAGGGAACAUGUGUGGGUGUGUGGGAAACAUGUUUACCAGUCACUCCGACCGGGGUGGUGUGGGACUUGUUAUUUUGCCAAAUUAGUACCCUCUGUUACUUUGUUAUCUAACCUCACCCACUUCCAUACAGAUUAUGCUCACUAUUAUGUGCCAUUCAGACAUAAGCGUUCCACAGUAAGAGUGUCUCCAGGAGAGAAAGGAUUCAGAGGAUCUUGAAAACCGAUAUUACAUUCCGGGGGUCUGGGAAAGAGUAGGUGACAGGAUAUUGGUCACCUAUUACUUCACAUCAAAGAGGUUGAUGGAUAACAUUUGUUUCCUCUCCAGGAGGGGCUUGGAGAUGUAUAAAGUGCUGUUUUUCUUGUAUGUCAUGGCUCAUUGUAUGAAAUCUAUCUCACGGUCUUGUACAUUGAUGCCCAUCUGCAGAUGUAGAAUAAACUUCCAGAAAGACAUUGUAAUGACUUGUGCUUGACUAUUGAGAAAUUCCCAUGACAGACUCACACAAGACAGGAAACAGCUUUGAGCAGUCCACAAAGGAAAUACAAAAAAGGAGUCACCAAAGUCACCCACAAAGGGUAUUGACCACGCGGGAACGAAAAAGGAAGAGCGGUCAGCUCUGCGGUGAAGUAAAGUAGAGUGGCCCUUGUUGAGAAGAGUGGGCAGCUAUUGGGAUGUGAUGCCUGGCCAAUCAAAGGGCCUCCCUUAUAAUGAUGUCAGAGCCAGAGAGGCGGCAGCGAAUCAGUGUGUCUGGAGCUGCACGAAGAAUUCUACAGAUUUUGAAAUCUUUAAACAAGACUCAGCCCGACAGAGGAAUAUUAUAGAACACGUAGUACAUAUUACUGUGUCGCUCAGCAGUGAGAAGUAAUAUUUACCCUGUCGAGUAUCU